AUGGCUGAGUCCAAAAUGUUAGUAACUCAGGACGAGUUCAGCUGUUCAGUCUGUCUGGAAACACUGAAGGAUCCUGUAACUAUUCUAUGUGGACACAGUUUCUGUAUGGUGUGUAUUAAUAACUGCUGGGAUCAGGAGGAUGAUAAAGAAACAUACAGCUGUCCACAGUGUAGACAAACCUUCACUCCAAGACCUGUUGUGAGGAAAAACAUUAUUCUGGUAAAAGUUGUAGAGGACCUGAGGAAGAAAGAAUCCCAGGGUUCCCUUCCUUCUGGACCUGAUGAUGUGGAUUGUGAUUUCUGUACAGAGAGAAAAUCCAAAGCAGUAAAAUCCUGUCUGGUGUGUUUGGCCUCUUUCUGUGAAACUCACUUUCAGCCUCAUUAUCAAAUUCCUGCUUAUAGGAAUCACAAGCUGGUUAAAGCCUCCAGGCAACUCCAGGACCAGAUAUGCUCUCAGCAUAAUAAACUGCUGGAGGUUUACUGUCAUACUGAUCAGCAGUGUAUCUGCAUGAUGUGUACCAUGGAUGAUCAUAAAGGACAUGAUACAAUAUCAGCUGCAGCAGAAAAAACUGAGAAACAGAAGCAGCUGCUGGAGAUUCAGAGAAAAUUCCAGGAGAAAAUCCAGAACAGAGAGAGGGAACUUUGUGAGCUGAUAAACGCUGUGGAGUCUUACAAGUGUUCUGCACAGACAGCAGUGAAGAACAUUGAGAGGAUCUGUACUGAACUAAUCAAUUCAAUUAACAGAAGAUGCUCUGAGCUAAAAGAUCUGAUCAGAGAUCGAGAGACAGCAGAAGUAAGUCGAGCUGAAAAAGUCCUGAAGCAGGUGGAGCAGCAGAUUGUAGAGCUAAAGAGGAAAGAUGCUGAACUGGAGCAGCUUUCACACACAGAGGAUCCCGUCCAUUUCCUCCAGAAGCAGCUGCUGGAGAUCCAGAGAAAAUUCCAGGAGAAAAUCCAGAACAGAGAGAAGGAACUUUGUGAGCUGAUAAAUGCUGUGGAGUCUUACAAGUGUUCUGCACAGACAGCAGUGGAGAACAUUGAGAUUAUCUGUACUGAACUAAUCAACUCAAUUAACAGAAGAUGCUCUGAGCUAAAAGAUCUGAUCAGAGAUCGAGAGACAGCUGAAGUAAGUCAAGCUGAAAAAAUCCUGAAACAGUUGGAGCAGCAGAUUGUAGAGCUGAAGAGGAAAGAUGCUGAACUGGAACAGCUUUCACACACAGAGGAUCCCGUCCAUUUCCUCCAGAAUUUUCAGUCUCUCUCUGCUCCUGCUGGAUCUGCCGCCAUCACAAUCAGUCCUUUCCUCUCAUUUGAUGAUGUUACAAAGUCUGUAUCUCAGCUGAGAGAGAAAGUAGAAGAAUUCUGGAAAGAGCAGUGGGAGAAGAUACCAGAUGGAGUGAAGAAAGUCCGGAUUACUUCACCUCCUGAACCUGAAAUCAGAGAAGAUUUUCUACAAUAUGUUUGUCGGUUCACACUGGAUCCAAACACAGUAAAUAAAUUCCUCCGUCUGUCUGAGGAGAACAAAGUAGUGACCUGCAGUAGAACAUUACAGUCGUAUCCUGAUCAUCCAGAUAGAUUUGAUAUUUACCUCCAGGUUGUGUGUAGAGAGAGUGUGAGUGGACGCUGUUACUGGGAGGUUGAGUGGAGUGGGGAUGAUGGGGUUUGUAUUGCAGUGUCAUAUAACAGCAUCAGCAGGAAAGGACGUGGUGAUGAGUGUUUGUUUGGAUGUAAUAAUCAGUCCUGGAGUUUGUUCUGUUCUCAAUCCAGAUUUCUAUUCAGGCACAAAAACAGAAAGACUAAAAUUCCCAUAAUGCCGAGUUCCUCUAGAAUAGGAGUGUAUGUGGAUUAUGAAGCAGGAACUCUGUCCUUCUACAGCGUCUCUGAUACAAUGAAGCUCCUCCACAGAGUUCAGACCACGUUCACUCAGCUCCUCUACCCGGGGUUUUAUGUUUGUUUAGGAUCAAAAGUGAAACUGUCAGAUUGAACAAAUUAAAUGUAAAAUUUACAUGAAAGUGUAACAUUAAACUGUUGGAGUGAUUUUAGAAUCUGUGAGGCAGUGAUACAUUUAUGAAGAUUUUCUUUUUCAAUUUAU